CUUAAAGAAAAGAGGAGUGGUCGACAAUGUCAUCAUGUAACCACAGAAUUGUAAGCUCUUCUAGAAAAGGCCUCCUGUUCAGUAGUGGAAGUAGGGCGCGACUCAAUUAGCUCCCUCCUUUGAGAAUAUCGUGAACGCCUCUUUUCCAAUACAUACUAAAAUCCUAAAGAUGGGAAAAAGAUUUAAUUUGAGAUUUGGACAACUGGAAAAUUAGGUUAUAGGUUAUUAUUAUGUUAUUAACCCAUAAUAAAAACAAAUAAAAGAAGAUGAAUGAAAUUCAUAAUAGUGUUUUCAGAAUAAUUUUCAAAUAAAACCAUAUUGAAUAACUGAUAGUAACCAUUAGUAUGCCUGGAAUAAUAGCUGUACAUUGCGGAGCUGGAUUUCAUAGUCAAAAAUUCCACCAUAAUUACAAAAACGUUUGUAAAACAGCAUGUAAAGCUGGUGUAGAUGUUUUAAAAAAUGGAGGUAGCGCUGUAGACGCCGUAAAAGCUGCAGUCAUAGUUUUGGAGGAUGAUCCCCUAACAAAUGCUGGUUUUGGAUCCAAUUUAACAACUGAUGCAGAAGUGGAGUGUGAUGCCUCUAUUAUGGAUGGUAAAACACUGACUUUUGGAGGAUGUGGAGCAGUAAAGAAGGUUAAAAAUCCUAUUUCUUUAGCUCAUAUGAUAUGUGUUAAACAAUCUGAACCUCUACCAUUAGGAUUGGUACCUCCAACUUUACUUGUAGGGUCUGGUGGCUUAAAAUAUGCUAGGAGUAACGGCUUAAAAGUUGUAAAUAGUAAAAAGCUGAUUAGUGAAAAAGCUAGAAGACAGUUUGAAAAAUACAAGCAACUUUUGGAGGUAAAACAAUGUGAAUUACUGGACACUGUUGGUGCAGUUUGUAUUGAUGACUCUGGCCAUGUUGCAUCUGCAUGUAGUUCAGGUGGACUAAUCCUGAAAGUACCUGGUAGAGUAGGCCAAGCAGCCUUAUAUGGUAGUGGCAUUUGGGCAGAUAGUUUGGACAAAAGUGGUGCUUCCUCAGUAGCAGUGAGUACCACAGGCUGUGGGGAACAUUUAAUACAGACACAACUAGCUAGAGAAAUAGCAAAUGAUGUCAAGAAUGGAUCUUUUCCUCCAUCAGAUUUGAACAGGACAAUGACAGAGAAAUUCAUGAAGUCCGAUCAUCUGAGAGACGUGAAGCAGAAAAUGGGUGGCGCAUUAGUUUUACAUGCCAACAAUAAGAUGGAAGUGUCUUUAUUGUGGGGGCACAGCACUGAGACUAUGAUAUUAGCUUUUAUGAAGACUUCUAGUGAUAAACCAAAGGUAUGCAGUUCGGAUUUGUGGAAUAGGUUUUUUCUUACAAGUGAAAAUUAUUAAGUUGGAGUCAUUAUAUACCCGCCCUUUUGUUAAACGCGCGUAGUCAGUUGUCUCGCUAUCCAUCUCAACAGCUUAUGACAAAUUUAACGUCAAGGUUACAAAGUAUUCUAUCGGAACUCCCAAAGGAUGUCCCAGCAGGACAAAGUGUGACAGUUAGUGGCAGAUGCUUCUACUUGCAAAAAAAUGCCAAAACUUGACAUUAUAUUUUCAUGAAAUAUCUGUAUAUAGACGCUAAGUUUUUUCUCAAAUAAAUUAUAAGGAAUAGUAUGUGUCUAAACUUCAAACG